CGACCACUUGUUAAGAAUCAAAGGCGGCUAACAACACAAUCAAGACGUUCAGGCCUUUCGUGUUCCAACUGCUCGACGACUAACACAUCCUUAUGGCGACGAAAUGGUUUGGGAGAGCCGGUGUGCAACGCCUGUGGCUUAUACUACAAACUCCAUAGCGUUAACCGUCCGAUCACUAUGAAGAAGGACUCCAUCCAAACCCGCAAACGAAAGCCCAAACAACAGGCCUCAGGCCAACAGUCCUCUCAACCACUGUCCACAUCUCACUCACAGCCCUAUUCUAUUCCAUUGAAACUGGGAAUGGGAUUAGGAGUUGGCUCAGGCCUUACGGGCGCCCAGGGCUUCAUCGCCGCCCAAAACUCGACCCAAAAGGCACUGUCGGCGCGAAGUUACGUAAACUUCCCGACCAUCACGUCUUUAGGUGCCGUACAACUGGCCGCACAAUACCCGACCACAUCUCCAUACUAUUUGAAUAACACU